GGUGUCGGUGUGGCCGGGCUCUGUUAGCAGAUGUGGAGAUAACAUUGUGUGUCUUCAGCUGCCGCCCUCCCUCUGAGUGCUUUUCGGUAGUCCUAAAUCAUUUAGGUGUCAGCACCGACUCACGGUUCUCCUCUCAAAUAUUGUCUUAUCGAUUGCUGAAACCCGUAUCAAAUAAUCUCCUUUCUCUUAAGGUACAACUUACCUAAGAAGUACAGCUCACAAGCACAAGCCCAUCAGCAGCAAACUGCUGCACUGGGGCCUGCUGAUCUGGUGAUGUGCCUGGAGCAGUCAGGUCAAUUCAGUGAAGAUAUGAUUCCUACUGUGGGCUUCAACAUGAGGAAAGUUACAAAGGGUAAUGUUACAAUAAAGAUUUGGGAUAUAGGAGGGCAGCCCCGAUUCCGAAGCAUGUGGGAGCGAUAUUGCAGAGGAGUUAAUGCUAUUGUCUACAUGGUAGAUGCUGCAGAUCGUGACAAAAUAGAAGCCUCUCGGAAUGAGCUGCACAAUCUUCUAGAUAAGCCCCAGUUACAAGGAAUCCCUGUUCUAGUACUUGGAAAUAAGAGAGACCUUCCUAAUGCUUUGGAUGAGAAACAGCUAAUUGAAAAGAUGAACCUUGCUGCUAUUCAGGACAGAGAAAUCUGCUGCUACUCAAUUUCUUGCAAAGAGAAAGAUAAUAUAGAUAUCACGCUUCAGUGGCUUAUUCAGCAUUCAAAAUCUAGAAGAAGCUGAAGUCUUCCUGGAAUCUCCAGUACCAGUUGGCCAUAAUCUCAAUUGUCCACUUCCCUCCAUAAUGAGAUACUACCCAAAAAUCCUGUAUCAAGAAUCUGCCUUUUCACGGUUCAUUUCUCAUGUGCACUGCUGAAGACUUGUAUUCCUAUUCUGUCACAAAACAACUAGAGUUGUCAUGAUAAAGUCAGCACAAAUAUUUAUUUUACAACCAUCUGUGGUGGGAGGGUUGUGGGGGGGCUUUUUAAAGACAAUAUCUCUACCAUGUUAACUAUGAUGGUACACUCUGUUCUGGUUUUUCAGGGCCAGGUUUUUAUAUGAUUUUCAGCAAGUGUUUUAUUUCUAGUGUUUAGUGGCUUGAAGAUGCUGAUGCUUGACAGCAUUAAGAUUCUGUAAGAUGCCACAUACAGUAGUUAGAAAACAUUUAAGCGUGAGUUGUGGGAUACUGAUUGAUCUCACAAAUGCAUGUGAUGUGUGUAUGUAAGCAGAGAAAUGGAAACUGUUUGCAGAGGGGAGCACAAGGCAUAGAUCAGCAUCACUAAUCUACAGCUGAGAUCCUGUCACUUGAAAAAGAAAACUCUCGUGAUGAAUUAGGAAAGACAUCUGUUUAAAACCAUUCUGUUGCUUCUGUUUAACAUUUAUGUGGGGGAUGGGAAUGGACUGUUCUGUCAAACUUUCAAAAAUUGGAGUAUUCCAGCAUGAAAACAAAUCACUAGGAACAUCAGGCUGUGUUCAAAUACAUUUUUCUAUCUCCAGAUACUCACGGUCUCUCUCUGAAACCAGACCAUGCAUUCUGAGCAGCUGCAUGACACCCAAAUUACUGAUGCUCUUGUAUCGAGGCAGUUGUUGACCUUUAGCACAAUCUGUGUGUAAUUGUCAGUGUCUCUCCUGCUCCUGGAAUGGCUGGGCACAGUUUCACCUGGUGCUAUGGAAUACCUGGGCUAUUGUGACAACUCUAGACCCGCCUGCUUUCUCGAUGUAACCAUGUGCAAAGCCUGUCAGAUGCAAGGAAACGUUUUGCUGUGUCAAAGCACAAGAGAGCCAAUCAGUUGAUCCUGUCUCUUGACUAGCUCCUGCAGCUUAGGGAAGUGUGUAUAAACUCAAGACCGUAAUGUUUCUGUAGCUUUACUUUCUCAGUGACUUCAGCAUAUUUGAAGGGACGGCCUUGUUCAGACUGGUUUGUUCAUCCAGCAGUGUCAGUGUAGCUACUCGCGUGUGCAGAUCCAUGGUGCAGCUGCUUGUGUUGCCUCACACUGUGUGUGAUUCCUCACCUCCACGUGGUUUGCAUCCCUGGGAGCCCCGGGCUGGGAGCAGCUUUGUCCCCCUCAGUUCUGACGAGCCAGUGUUAAUGCAGACUGCCAUGGCCUUACUGUCGUGUCCCAGCUCUGGCACUGCUGCACAGACACUACACGCUGCCUGCCUUCAGUCUGAAGUUACAUUUUAACUUUUUGUCCCCUUUCAGUUCUCUGAAGCAUGGUUUCAAUUAAUCCAUACUCUGGUGCUGUAGAGGAGAGGGUGUAUUAACUUGCUACUGUAGUCUCGAGUUCACCAGAACUGCUACAGUUACUUUUAUUUAGCAAAUCUGCUUGUGCCUAUCAUAAGGAAACUAAACUAGAAUGUGUGAAUCUUUGUGGGGGACCAGGUCACUGUUCAGUUAACUGGCCUAUAGCUAAACUUGAUGUGUUUGGUGUUUAUCUACUUCACUGCUUUCAGCGUUUAUGGCAUCCAAACACUACCAAUUGUUAACCUGUGCAUUACUCUCUGCAUGUGAACAACUUAUACAAUUACUGAACUUUGUAAAUACGUGAUUUCUUUUUUUAUUUAGGUGGAUGCAUAUGUUGGUUUACUGCUCUUCAGCUUUAUUCAAUAAACUUACGUUUUGAGGGUUGUAUUGACACUUAACUGCCUGACUUGAGUUGAUGUGGCUGAAAUCAUGGAAAAACACAAUGGGUGUCUGUCUCCUCUGCCAGAGAUUACAGUGGGGGAAGAAGGAUUGGUAAAUACCUGAGCUGAUUUAUAUUCUGUGGUUCAGCUAGUCCAGUGAAAUGCUCACAAAACUACCUUUGAGGCCUGGGGCUUGCUCACCUCACCUGAGCAAGCUCGGAUAGUCUGAGCAGAUUGCAGGGCUUUUUUUAUGCGUGUGAAAAGCACUGGUCAGCUGCAGGGUUUGAAGCAGGGGCAGCCUUCUGGAGCUCUGUUUUCAGGAGAGAAAUGCAUGUGUCUGCAAGCUUGGUUCUUGUGUCGAGCCUAGAGUAAAACCUUUGUUUUUCUAGCACAAGUGUCAGAUCUUGCAGAGCCUGAUCAUUCACUGCCUGUUAAAGCAGAAGGAUUCUUAUCUCAGUGGAAAGUGAGGCUUUUGUUGACUGAGGUCUUGAACAAAAUCUUUGCUGUGAUUUUAGUCUGAAGUUUCACUGACUAUUCUUCCCAAAGGUUUUUGUUGUAUUAAUUUCUCUUAGGACACUGAUUAAUUAACAGGACUGCUGUCAGCAUCUUCCAAUUAAUGGUAAGAAAUUGGAUGUCUUGUUUCAGGCUUGUCUCCAUGUAAGCUUUCCAACUUACUGAGCUGUAUCAGGUUGGUUUUGAGUGCAGGUCUUUGAGCAUCCUUCACGUGUAACUCUGCUGGUGGGAAGGACUAGUGACCUGUUAAAGAUCCUGUGCAUAUUUCUUUGGGAGUUUCCUGCAUGCAAAACAAGCUCCCUGCAGUUCAUAGUCAAAGUAAAAUGUCUCUAGACACGAAUCUGAAAACAGUGUUAGUGCACUAAGCCUUGUCAGCCUGGUUGGUAUGACAGCAGUAGCAGUCACCAGUAAAUCAGCUGUGGUAUGAGCUGGCCCACAGCUCUUUGCUUGAUGUGGUACUUCAGUACCAGUCUCUGUUUCUAGGUGUAAAUAGCAGGGAGAGACACAGGGUCCCCUUAUGAUGUGUGUGCUCUGAAAGGUACUUUUGCAAUACUCCCCACAAUGCCCCCAGCUGGGUUUCACAGCUGCUGUGGUACUGCUCUGCCAGAUGCCCUUGGUUACUCCUGUGGCAGGCAGGGGCCACAGGAGUGGCUGUUUGAUUGCAGUGCUGCACUUGUUCUGUUUCUGGCCUUGAGUAACUUGCCAGCUACCUUUUCUUUGAAAAGGGAAGUGUUUCCUUCAAUUGCAGGAGAGUUUUCCUUGGAGUGUCCCUGUCCUUCCCAGCUUCAGUGUGGAUGGUGGUUCCUUAAAAUGCAGUUCCAGAGCAGGGGAGUUCUCAUCACCCAGGGACAGCUGAGGGCUGGGCAGCUGCACAGAGCAGCUCUGUCCCACCUCUUGGCAACAGGAAGAAUGCACAAAUGUGGAGCUGUUCCAUCAUCUGUGGAACCAAUAAUCCAGUUUCUCAAUGAUUUGUGUUUUCUCUUUACAUCUUGGUGGAAACAGGUUGGAAAGAUUUUGGGUGCUGACAUAUCAAACUGCAUAAUCUUCACUUUCUGGUAGAAGUAAAGGCCAAAGAAAAUGCCUUAAACAGUCUCUCUGUUGAAUCUAGGAGUGUUGGGCAGGGAUCUGUAAUAACCUGAGGUAUGGCUUAGCAGGAUUAUCAAGCUUUGAACUCCCUGAGGUUUCCUUUGUCAUUUGUGGCUGUGCAGUGGCACGUCCUGGUUUGCUUUGUGCAGGAACUGUGCUCCCCCCGCAUGCCCAGCACUGCUCCCCUGCCUUGCUCCUGCACUGACCCUGACAGUGUGGAUCCCAAAAAGGGCUGCACAGCAGGAUAUUUAGCUGUGUUUCUAAGCUGACACGGACAGUGAAUCGUGUUAAAGGAGAAAUAAUGUGUGAGUGCCUGAGCUUUCAGGGCUUUAGUUCCCAAAACGUGAGUGCAGAACAGCUUGUCUCACCAGACCAUGACCUUGAGAGAGUGCUCUGCUGCUUUAGGGCCACAGCUGCUGGCUGUUCCAGUGUGUCCUGGUGAAACAGGGGUUUUCUCUUACGUGUCACUCCAGUGGCAAACACAGAAGGGCACUCAGAGGGGCUUUGCACAUACUCUUUAAAAGGAGAAGUGAGAUACUUGAUUUUAUUUCCCUCCCAGUGGAAGGUGGGUAAGUAGACCUUUGUGCCAGGAUUAGUGCCUUUUAAUUAUGACAUGACAGGUUUUAUUCUGUUAAAGGCAACAUGUAUCAUUGUGAUAAUUUUGAAGUGCUUCAAUAAAGUGUUGUUGAAAACCA